AUGCACAUCGCCCUUGCGAUCAUUUCGAAUAACAGCCUUGCUCCACUCGCCAUCUCUCUCAUCGCGCUCAAUGUCAAUACCGAGACUACGGUAGACCUUCAGUCUCAGCAACACUUCGUCAUCAACGGGGUCUCUACGUCGCGCGUUUGCAGCAGCAUCUCCUUCCACGCCCUGGAGCUCAAGCUCCCUCAGGCGAGCCUUCAAAUCCGCAGCAGUGAGUGCGAGACGCUCCGCAUCGGUCUCGGCGUCGGCGGCAGCCUUUGCGGUGCGAAAUUUGAGUGUGUCGAGACGGGCGAUGUUGGAAGCGUGGUCUGCUGA